AUGCAAUAUAUAUCGGAACCCGUUCAACGGUUGUUGGACGACUCCUUCGAGGCAUUCACAAAGGGAAGCGUUGACGAUGCCGUCGCAAUGCUCGAUGCUGCUCGCAGGGAGGAGAAAGGGACCGCAGAGCUGCAUGAUGUGUUUGUUGUAAGCUGCAUGCGCGCUUCUAUUGCGGCAAUGUGUGGUGAGCGCUCACUGGAGGGUUACAUGGCGGAUGCCUCAGCUUCGCCCCUUUCCCGUCCAGUGUUGUUGUAUCUUGAAGGAGUUGCUGCCAUGACAAGUGGCACAAGCCUUCAGACCGCUAGUAUGAAAUUUGAGGAAGCUCUUCGUGUAGAUAAACAUUUCAUUCUUGCACGAAUGGGGCUUGCGGCGGUUUGUUUUUAUAUGAAGGACUACAAGAGGAGCUUCUCGCACUACCGCGCGGUGUUAGAGACGGUCGGUAGCUCAGCACCUGGUAUUGUUCGGGUUGGGUUAGGGCUCUGUGCUUACCGCCUAGGGCGCAUGGACGCUGCGGUAAAGUGGUUGGAACGUGCUUUGGCUGUUAAUGGAGAGGACGUAGCGGCGCUCCUGUCACUUCUCGUUGUCUAUUUGGCGCAGCGUAGAAUAAAGGAGGUCAUAGACGUUGUACGGCGGUUGCAGAAGGUUUUUCCUGAUAAUGCGAUGAUACUCCUCAAAACAACAGACAUUUUGUACUUCCGUGCGGUUUCGCAGGGGAGAGUAAAGGCACUGGCGCCUUCCAUCCUUCAUCUGCUUUCUGAGGCGCGUCCAACUGCAAGAGUCGAGGAUGCCGCCAUUGCUGAUUAUCAGGAGGGGCGUUUGUUGCUAGCACUUGGGGAUUUUACUAGAGCCCGAGUAUUGCUUGAAUCUUCCAUGCAGGUGCUUCCUAAUUGUUUGGCAGCGCGGGUUCAUUAUGCGAGGUUACUUUUUCUUUUAGGGAGGGAUGUGGAGGCGGAACAACUGCUGCUACGCAUCAACGCUGAGCAUCCAAAUCAGAAGGAGGUAUUGCAAAUGUUAGCAGCACACGCCUCGCACUUGGGCUUACAUGAGAGAGCUCUUGAAUGUUCAAAGCUUCUUACGGAAAGUGUAGCUCCCGGCGAUGUUCUGUCGUGGACUUUAGCUGCAUGGUGUUCCCGUCUAAAUAGUGAGGAGUCGGCGAAACUUCUAACGCAUGUUUUGCACAUCUACGAGGAGUUGGGUACGCCGGUCCCAAUGAAGUUAAGGGCGAACAAAGCGUCCAUGUGUGGCGAUAUCGGCACCCUGCAGAAUAUUCUCGAAUCAGAGCUGGGGGAGGACUUUUUGUCCAAACCCGAAUUACCUGUCAACUACGUUCCUAUUGUGUAUAAUAUGGCCAGGCUUCUGGAAACAAGCGAUAAGGUGAGGGCGUGCGAGCUUUAUUCUUACCUUGUUAAGCACCACCCCUGUUUUUCCUACCCGUACUUCCGCCUGUACGAGCUUGCGAAGGCUGAAAGAUGUUGGAGGAAGGCCAUCAUGUGGAUGAAUCUAUUGCGACAGGCGAUCCCUGAUGAACCUCGCGCUCUGGUUUAUAUUUGCCUUUUAUUUUUCGAACAGAGGCGUUACGCCGCAGCCAUGAAUAUCCUUCGGCUCGCCAAGACGCGGUCUUGUGUUGUGGCUCUUGCUCUCGGCCAAAUUUACCUCCGGCAUGCGCAGCAACAUAGCGGGGACAGUUACCGCUUUCUGGAAUUGGCGAAGGACCGUUUCCACUUCGCGCUCCAGAAAGAUAAGGGUAAUGUACUCGCCGCUCAUGGAAUGGCAUGUUGUCUCGGCCUUGAAGGGAGGCAUGAGAGUUGCCUUUUGCUCUUGGAUCGUGUAGGGGAAAUCGUACCCAACUGCAGUUAUGUCCGGAAGCACUAUGAGGCCCAUAUGGCGAAUGCUAAGAUACUGAGUGACAGCUUUAAGCAGGCAAUUGACUACCUUCAGCGUGACCCACAGCGGGCUCCAUUGCAGUCUUCCUCACUUGCAUUCUGUCUGUUUUGUGAGGGUCGCUAUGCCGAUGCCAUUGCAGUACAGAAAAAGGCUGUGGAUGAGCUACCAAGCGAACCACUGCUCCGGUUUAACCUUGCUCUUCUCUACUGCGCUUCAUUCGUUGCAUCCAUUUCCCAGAAACAGGAGCAGAGCGUGCAGGAAGCAAAGGAGUUGCGGAGCUUCUUGACGGAAGGUUUGAACAUAGCGCAUGAGUUCAUAAAAAUAGAGUCCGAGUCACGCAGGUUGUCCGAGGCGAAGAAAUUAUUAAAGCAGCUGUGCGCCUACUGUGUUCAUCACAACGACUUAAGCAUUCCCAAAGUUGUUGCCAAUGGCCACCGCGCAGCGUUGGAGGCGGAGAGACAGGACGCUGAAUGGUGCCGCGUGUAUAAUGAGCACCUUGAGCAAAAGCGGAUGUUGGAGGAGAGGCGUCUGGCGGAUGAGCGUCAGCGGAGGGAGCAGGAGCAGCAGGUGGCAGGGGAAAUAUUGGAAGACUUCAAGGAAUUGCAUGGGCACCGGGUCCCGCAGGUAAAAAAUGAGAAUGAAGGUUUUGCAGAGUCUCCCGCGCCGUGGUUUAGCACAUCUGUUCCACAGGAUUUGGUGCAGGGGGAGCUGCGGUCAAUGGAAGAUGAUGAUGCGGUAUUAUUUAGUGGUGAUAACUUUGCAGGUGGAGUUUCGGGAGCGGGUGAAGAUAAAUCUGACACCGCUAAUGAUGGGAAUAUAUGA